AUGUCGAACGAUAACCAUAAGACUGAACUAACCACUCUCGUUAAUGAACUAAUGACUGAUAUUGACUCGAAGCCACUCCACCCAAGAAAUAAGCUUCUCGUGUACAGUCGUUAUGUCUUAUCCAAAUUAUCCUGGCAUUUCACCAUCGCAACACUUUUUAAAACAUGGGUUAUUGAAAAUAUUGAUCCCGCAGUCAACCGAUACAUCCGUAAAUGGCUUGAAAUUCCAAUCUCAGGAACACUAAGUACUGUUUUUCUAACCCGUAACAAAUUUGGUCAAAGUAUUUAUCCUCCAUCGGUGAAAUUUAUUCAAUGCCAAACAGUUCUUCGAAAAGCUUUAAAACUUUCUCCUAAUCAAUCAAUUAACGAACUGUGGAAAUCUACUAAUACUCAUACCAAUGUCCAAUACGACUUUUAUAACUCAACCAAAGAAGUGCUUAAAGAUCUUCGCUCUGAACAUGAAGAUAAACUCAAAAACCAAUUAACUAGUCAGGGAUCCUUUUUCUCUAAUGUAACAAAGUUCUCCUUGUCGCAUCUUAACAAAGUGUGGUCUACUGCUCAAUCAAAACUUCCGAAAAACAUUUAUAAUUUUACUAUACGCUACAUCAAUAACUCUCUUCCGACACGUAAGAAUCUUAGCAGAUUGGGAUUGUCUUUAAGUUCAGAAUGCUCGUUUUGUCUCGGUCCAGAAUCAUUACUGCACGUGGUCGCUGGAUGUCAGUGUUAUCUUGAUCGAUUUACGUGGAGGCACAAUUCAAUCCUGAACUUUCUUGCCAAUACCUUGCAAACUGUGAACGGUUCUGCCCUCUACGCUGAUAUGCCUGGAUUCAAAAGUCCGUCAAUAAUAACUGGUGAUACGUAUCGCCCGGUUUGUUGCUAUCAUUAUCAAAUGGCUCUCUUUAUGUGGUCGAGCUCACUGUUGGCUAUGAGACAAACCUCGAGAACAACGUUAAACGAAAAAAAGCCAAAUAUAGAGAACUUAGGAAAACAGUUAGGCGAAAAUUUUAACGAAGUAAACUUUGUCAAUCUUUCCAUGACCUCCCUAGGUAUUUUUGCGCAAGAAUGCUCUACUGCACAUUCUUAG